CUAGGCAGGAUUUGUUUCUGUUAGCGGUACACGCAGUUAUACAGUAUUUGUUAACAUUUUCAUUUUGCUAAAGUCAAAUAAAAAACGACAUUCUGUGACAGCGCUAUAAUAAAAUUAUUAGUUCGACAAUUAGCUAGUUCAAAAGUCAUCUUUUUUAACGAAUCGCAAGCUAGUCAGGGUUUUUUUAUUGGAUUUAAGUCACAAACUCUUCAAGAUGAGCGAACAGCUCAAAUUUAUCGUUGAACAGCUGAACAGGGAGCCUUUUAAGAAAAACUUCAAUCUCAUUACCUUCGAUUCUCUGGAGCCAAUGCAGCUGCUGCAGACUUUAAAUGAUGUUCUGGCUGAAAUUGAUCCAAAGCAAGCCAUCGACAUACGUGAGGAAAUGCCUGAGCAGACAGCCAAGAGAAUGUUUACCCUUUUGGGGAUGCUGAAAUACAAACCGCCUGGAGGAAUGUCUGAAGUAAGCAGUUUUCGUCAGGGUUUGGUGGCAGGCAGUAAGCCUGUGGUGCACCCCAUCUUGCACUGGCUGUUACAGAGGAUUCCAGAGCUGAAGAAGAGAGCGUAUCUGGCCAGAUUUCUUGUCAAACUAGAGGUUCCUGCUGAGUUUCUUCAAGAUGAUAUCAUUGCUGAGACCUACCACCAGUAUGAGGAGCUGGUGGAGGGAUUCAAGAACAUCCAUAAAGAGUGUGAACAGCUGAAGAGCUCAGGUUUCUCCACCGCUGAGAUCCGGCGGGACAUUGUUGCAAUGGAGGAGGAGAAGGACCAACUCAUCAAAAGGGUGGAGCGUCUUAGAAAGAGGGUGGAAGCAGUGUCAAACCACCAGCGCAUGCUGGAGCUGGCCAGACAGUUAAGAGUGGAAAAAGAAAGAGAAGAGUCUCUUGCUCAUCAGAAACAGGAGCAGAAAAAUCAGCUCUUCCAGGCAGAGCAGAGACUGCAGAGAUCUCAGAUCCAGCUCAAAGACUUGCAGCAGGCAGCCGCAGAUGAAAAGCCAGAGAGCCUCAUGAAGAGACUUGAGGAGGACAUCAAGUUCAACUCCUACAUGGUGUCUGAGAAGCUGCCCAAAGAGUUGGAAAACAUGAGAAAGGUGGUGCAGUACCUACAGAAGGUGGCGUCUGAGCCUGCUAUGGGACAAGCAGAGCUGAGGGAGCUGGAGGACAAGAUCAGAGAAAUCAACACAGAGAUCAACCAUCUGAUUGAAAAGAAGAUGAUGCGUAAUGACCCAAUGGAUGAUAAACUCUCUCUCUUCAGACAGCAGGCUGCUAUUAUAGUCCAUAAGAAGGAAACCAAGGUGGAGGAGUUGCAGGAGGCCCGUGAGGAGCUGGCAGCUGUGGAAAGAGAACUGAACAUGAAGAGCAGUCAGGCACGAGAGCGGGGUGGAGCGGAGCUGAUCCGUGGAGAUGAGUUUAAGCGAUAUGUGGCCAAGAUGCGUGGCAAGAGCAGCACGUAUAAGAAGAAACGUCAGGAGAUUGCUGAGCUGAAGGCAGAGUACGGUGUUCUACAGAGGACUGAAGAGAUUCUGAGAGAACGACACACAGCUGGACAUCAACAGCUGCAAUCUCUGGAGGCUCAGCGGGGGAUCUCGGGCUACAGCGAUACUCAGGAAGAGCUGGAGAGAGUCUCCGCUAUCAAGAGCGAGCUGGACGAGAUGAAGGGACGAACACUGGACGACAUGUCUGAAAUGGUAAAAAAGCUGAAUUCAGUGAUAGCACAGAAGAAGACUGCUUUAUCUCCACUGAUAAAGGACCUGAGAGCUCUGAGGCAGGAACAUGCGGAGCUCGCUCCAGAGUUUGAGCAAAAAAAGGCUCAGUAUGACACCUGUGCUGCAGGACUGGAGAGCAACAGAUCCAAGCUGGAACAGGAAGUGAGGACACUCAGGGAAGAGACGGCACAGGAAGAAAGCCGAUAUCAUCACAUUAACUGCAUGAGAGAGAUUACUGAGAGUCAAAUGCAAAGAGCAGCAGAGCAGAGUAAGAUCAAUCAGUCAAUGGAUUUACAGGUGCGAAGGACGGCUCUCAGAGAGAAGUACAUUGCGAACACAGCUGAGCAGGAGUCCUUGGGCAAGGUUCUACGUCAGCAGGUGAAACAGGUGCGAGAGAACCAGGAGCCCAAUAUGAGACAGAUGAAGAUGUGGAAGGACCUGGAGACGCUGUUGGAGUGCAAGAAGCAGUGCUACGUCAAGGCUCAGAGCCAGGCGCCUAUUGGGCACGUCAUCCAGGAUGUUGGCAAGGAUAUGCUGGUUCUGUGAUGCCAUUUCCCAUGCAAAAGUUGUCUUUCUGGUCAUUAAUAUAUGAAUUUUAUAUAUAUAUAUAUAUAUAUAUAUAUAUAUAUAUAUAUAUAUAUAUAUAUAUAUAUAUAUAUAUUAUUAUUAUUAUACACGCACACAUACACAAUUGUUUGUAUAUUUUGAAUGUUAAAACUGUAUAUUAAUAUCUUACACACUGACUUCAAAUAAGUCCCUGGUCUCGGUUUUGACACGUCUUUAAGAACAGAGCUCCAGUCCAUGUGUCCAAAGAUAACACCCUACAAAGUGCUACACUUUAGAUGCGCCUGUGCUCCAAGUUAUUUUGGGAAACAACAGCCAUGACCUUGGCCAGAAGAGCUGUCCAAUUUAGGAAUUCAGUUAGAUCUCCUUUUGUUGCUUUGUCAGGGUAGUGCUGAAGUAGUAAUCACUCACUUGUCCCAUCAUCAUACAUUAAGUAAAAAAAAAAAAAAAAGUGUUCAUUUUUUCCCCUGUCUUUUUCACUGUAUGGAAAAGUAGGAAGACUGCUUGGCUAGUUCACUUCUACUUUUGUUUGAAAAAUUAAAAAGUUAUGUAAACAUGUUGUAUAAUAAAAUUAUAAAAUAUAUUGUAUAUAGAAUCUUGAGCAGUUCUGAUCCUGUAUUCAGAUCCUGUAUAUAGGUGCCAUUCCGCUGGUUCUUUUUAGAACAUCUAGUAAAAAUUUUCUUUCUCUCUUUU